AUGAUGAUAGAAACAAGUACAUGGAACUCUAGAAUGGUUCAACAUGAAUGCAUCAAUCGAUUCACUCCUCAAGAUAUGAACAUUCGAUCACCAUAUGAAUCUUUCAACCAUGACAUGAUGAUAGGAACAAGUACAAGGGAUUCUGAAUUCAUAAAUCAGUGCACAUCUCAAGAUAUCAAUGGUAGAAAUCAGAGUUCAGAGACAAACCUUCCAUACAUUACAUCACAAGUUGAAUCCUCUAACUUUGACAUGAUGAUUGGAACGAGUACAAGUGACAAUGAUUUGGAUCUUUUAACUGUGGAUCAGCUUGAAUUCAUGAAUCGGUUCUUCAUGCCUCAAGAUUUCAAUGCAAGACAUGAUGAUGAGAUAAAGUAG